AUGUCUAUCGCCGAUAUUCAAGCGUUACUUGGCUCCGAUGUACUUGUACUUGUUGGAGCACCGUUGUGUGGUAAGGGUACGCAGGGUAAACUUCUCGGCAAAGUACUCGAUCGACCAUACGUUUCAUCUGGAGAUCUUUUUCGUGCUGAAGUAGCAAGUGGAAGUGCACUCGGUCAGCAAAUACAUGCUUACAUGGAAUCUGGUGAGUUGAUUCCAAACGAUCUAACAACAGAAUUUCUGACUACAAAAUUAAGUGACAAGGUCUACCACAAAGGUAUGAUCUUGGAUGGUUAUCCUCGUAAUUUAUCUCAUCUUCCUCUCAUUGACAACAUUUUGGCAAAUUUGAAUGAACGCAUCUUUACGGCAAUUUAUUUGGAUGUGCCCAAGACAAAACUUAACGAACGUCGUGCGCAUCGUGGCCGAACCGAUGACGAUGGUGAUACUUUUGAACAUCGUUAUGCUGUCUUUCAAGACGAAACCGUACCUCUAAUUGAUGCGCUUAAAUCAAGAAAUCAACUCAUCAAAAUUGAUUGUAACGAUGAAUCUCCCGAAGAAAUUAGUCAACGAAUCAUAUCAGAGCUAUCCGCUCUGUGCAUAUAG